CCUCGGCUUCCUUCGCAAGUUGCUGAAUCAGAGAGAGAGAGAGAGAGAGAGAGAGAGAGAAUAGAGAGAAGAGAUGUCAGGAAUUGGUCCAAUCACUCAAGACUGGGAGCCGGUGGUGAUCCGCAAGAAGGCUCCCAACGCCGCCGCCCGGAAGGACGAGAAAGCCGUCAACGCCGCUCGUCGCUCCGGCGCCGACAUCGAAAGCGUAAAGAAAUCAAAUGCGGGCACGAACAAGGCUGCCUCUAGCAGCACUUCUUUAAACACUAGGAAGCUUGAUGAAGACACAGAGAAUCUUGCUCAUGAUAGGGUACCAACUGAACUGAAGAAAAGCAUCAUGCAAGGUCGUAUGGAUAAGAAACUCACCCAGUCCCAACUUGCGCAGAUUAUCAAUGAGAAGCCCCAAAUCAUACAGGAGUAUGAAUCUGGAAAAGCCAUUCCAAAUCAACAGAUAAUCACCAAACUGGAGAGGGCUCUUGGGGUGAAACUGAGAGGCAAAAAGUAAUAAAUGGACAGAGCAACUGGCAAAGUCAACUAUUGGCAAAUAUUAUGUGUCGUUUUGGGUCUUAUAAAUGGGGUGUGUAUGAACCUUAUUCAGCACUUGUUAUGAACCUUAUUCAGCACUUGUUAUGAACCUUAUUCAGCACUUGUUAUGACUCGUCUGUAAGAAACUAAGUUUGAAUCUUAAUUUCGUUUUUGAGGUGGUUUGAAACUUA